GUUAUGAAGAUUGUCCUGAAUGACAAAACAAAAAGCAAUGUCGGACGCAGCUUUUAAAUUUGAUCCUCCAAGUUCUGCAAGUUCAGCAUCUGACAGUGGUAGCGGUGAGGAUGCAUUUCGUCCAGAUAGCCCGGAAGAUGACAAAGAUGUGCCUGCACCUCGAUCACCAACAAAAGUACCUAAAAGUCCCUCCAAACUUACCCCAGGGAAGAAGAAGAGUAGAGCACCAAGUAGCAGUAGCAAGUCCAGUAACAGAGUAGUGCAUACUGCUGGUCGCACGCUUUACACAUCAGGAAGACCGCCAUGGUACAACUUUCAGGGUCAACUCAAAGAGCCUUUUGUAAUAGGUAUUUGUGGUGGUAGUGCCUCUGGUAAAACUACAGUUGCCAGGAAGAUCAUCGAGGCCCUAGAUGUUCCCUGGGUUAGUUUACUCUCCAUGGACUCAUUCUACAAGGUGCUAAACAAAGAUCAACAUGAGAAAGCUGCAGUGAAUGAGUACAAUUUUGAUCACCCUGAUGCCUUUGACUUUGAACUGCUUAUUGAAACCUUGCGGAGACUGAAGGAUGGGAAAAUUGUUGAAGUUCCAAUCUAUAACUUCAAUACUCACAGUCGGGAGACACACAUGAAAACAAUUUAUGGUGCUAAUGUGGUGAUUUUUGAAGGCAUCAUGGCUUUUGUCAGCAAAGAGCUUGUUAAGAUGAUGGACAUGAAGGUCUUUGUAGACACAGAUUCGGAUAUCCGUCUCGCUAGGCGACUCAAACGAGACAUCAGUAAUCGUGGUCGUGGCUUGGAAGGGGUGUUACACCAGUAUAACAAGUUUGUCAAACCAGCAUUUGAGCACUACAUUGAACCUACAAUGAGUUGUGCUGACAUCAUAGUUCCAAGAGGUGGUGAAAAUGAUGUUGCUAUCAAUCUUAUUGUCUUGCACAUACACACCCAGCUGCUAAAUAGAGGCUUCAAACUGCGAUCAAAACUGGCAUCAUCUGCCACAAAUGGACUACCAAUGCCCAGUUCUCUGUGUGUUCUUGAUAAGACUCCACAAGUCCAUGGUCUUCACACAUUUAUAAGGAACAAAGAGACACCCCGUGAUGAGUUUAUUUUUUAUUCCAAGAGGCUAAUGAGACUGCUGUUUGAGUUUGCCAUGUCCAUGUUACCUUUCAAGUCUGUGAAAGUUGACACAACUCACGGAGGAGUGUAUGAAGGGAAGAGGCAGAGUGCUGUCAAGGUGUCUGGCGUGUCCAUCCUGCGAGCAGGAGAAACAAUGGAGCUAGCCCUGUGUGAAGUGUGCAAGGAAGUCAACAUUGGGAAGAUACUCAUUCAGACCAACAUGGACACAGGGGAACCAGAGUUACAUUACCUGCGACUGCCCAAGGACAUCAAGAACCAUUACAUCAUGUUGAUGGACGCUACAGUUGCUACAGGUGCAGCAGCCAUGAUGGCUAUUCGGGUAUUACUUGACCAUGAUGUGAAAGAAGACAACAUCACUCUCUGCUCCCUUCUCAUGGCCCAGUCAGGUGUGCAUUCCGUUGCCUAUGCAUUCCCAAAAGUAAAGAUUGUGACUACAGCUGUGGACAAGGAAGUGAAUGAAAAGUUUCAUAUUUUGCCAGGCAUUGGAAACUUUGGGGACCGUUACUUUGGUACAGAUUUUAUGUUUAGCACAGAACAAUACAACUGACCAAUUGGUUGACGAAAUUGGAUCAGUUGGUGAAUUAGCCUCAAGAACACAAGCCAGUCAGAGUAACAAGUAGUUUCCUCAUCAGAAGACAACAACAGAGUCCUUAUUUGUCUCCCCCUGAGAAGUUAAUCAAACCAUAUCUAUCACCUUCCACUGAAUAGUCAUGAAAGACAUCAUGGUUUCUGUUGCAAAGAUGUGUAACCAUGGCAACUUAUGAUGAUGUGCUUGUGGUUAGUGCUAGUUUAUGUUGGAUGGGAGUAUGGCUGAAAAGUCAGUUUGUUAUACUGCCUUGAACAUACAUUGUUGAAAAGUAGGAAUGGAGAUCUGUCCGUAGACAACCUUUUACAAGUUGCAGUCGAGUAAAAGUGUUAAAGCACUUGUUAUUAACACCUUCAAAUUUCAGAUAGUAGGAAUCUUACCUGCCUUAUAAUGUGUGCAGUCACGAUUUGUAAAUUGUUGAAUUUAAUAUUUUUUUACACAUUUUAAAGAAUUUGUUUUUGAAUUUUUGAAUUGUGUUUAGACUGAUUAUAUCUAAAGUUAGCCUUUUUUCUAAACUAAAAUUAUGUUAAUAUUUUUGUCAUGUUUACUCUAAUCAUGCUGAUAUUUUAUCACUUAAUCUUCCAGUGUUUCCAUUAAUUGCUAACAGCAAUGCUACUGCUGCUUGUUCUCAGAAUUUCAUAUUGGAAUAAACAUUUUGCUUUGUUGGUGGUUUAUGGAGAAUGUAUCCAUGCUAUCAAUACUUGCUAAGCCAGUUCCUAUAUACUGUUAAUCGUUGCUCAAUUUCCUUAAUCUUUCAGCUUUGUUUUAAGUGUAACUAAUUGAAUUUAUGUGAUCGAAAGCAAUUUGUUUUCACAUUUAUUUAUUUUCCAACUCUUAAGACUUACAUACUGCUAUCAUGUUUCUGUCAUUCCUAACAACUGCCAGAAUUUAACUGAAACUUGGCAAUAAACUUCAGUCUACUAGUGGCUUUGAGAAUAUACAUGUAUAUCUCAUUCAUGGAAAAGAUUUCAUUGACUGAGUAGGAUCGUACUGUGGAAGAAUGUGAGGCUGCAGUUAUAUGUGUGUGCCAGUGUUUCUCACAAUGGCAUUAAUGCUCUACAUUAUCAGUCACUUCCAUUACGAUGACGUUUAUUUUAUGUGCUUAUUGUUAUCUGUUGCUGCAUUUUAAUAUGUACUUUUGUGCAUGUGGAGUGAACGCAAAUGCUGUUGUAAUUGAAGUGGGUAUGCGAAGGAUGUUGUGUGUUUUGUAUGGGUGCAAGAUAUGUAUCUGAAACAGUACAAAAACUGUAAAUAUGCUGGUAUAUGAAGGAUAGUUUAUUGUCGUAUGAAGUAAAGUGAUUGGUUCUUUUCCCCUGUCACAUAUCAGAUAUGAACCUGUAAUCAGUUUCAUGUCAAGGAUUUUACUAAAAGAGUAAAACAAUCUUGCUCUAUCAAAUUUGUUUCUGCAAGUAGCUGAAGAAUUGCACAUGUGAGUGAAGGCAAUACUCACUCUAACUGUCUUUCAGUUUUAAAGAUUUAAGGCACAUUGCUUCAAUAAAUUCAUCACAGUCAUUUAUUGCAGAAUAGGGUGUUUCAUUUUUCUUCAGUGUAAUAACUCUUGAUCAUAGUUUGUAAAAUUAUGACCUUUGUAUUACUUGUUGGUUAAUUGUGUAUGAAAUUAAGCCAUGGAGUGUUUGAUACACUUAAGCAAUUGUCUUUGUGUUAUAUUGUAUAUCAUGUUGAUAAUGCCAAUAUAAACAUUCAUAGAAAAUAUCUUCUGAAGAAAAGACAAUAAAUACUCUCGUUCUUGUUUGUAGGCAUAUAGUAACAUAUAGAUGAUUGUUCACUAUCAUUUGUUAACAUUCAUGUGGAAUACUUUUUGCAUUAUGGCAUUUUUCACUCAGGAUGUUUUGAAGGGAUCAAAGGUUUUUCAAUAUUCCAUGUGCCACUGUGCAAAAAUAUUCUCUUCUAUACAUAAAACUGACCUCUGAAAUGAAAUGCAUGAUUGACUUAAUGAUACGUAUAUUAUUCAUUUAAUUCUCAGUCUGACUAACCUACCCUGUAUAUCUCGCCCUGUUUUAGAUUUCUAUCUGUGAUUGACGAUUCACAAAGUAAGACUGCCUCAAAUAUUAUUAAAAGUUCAAAAGUCACAUGUCGUUUCACAUAAAUCACAUGCACCUCAGUUUACAUAAAUCACUGUAUUGUUGCCAUCUCAUGUCAUUUCCCAAAUAUUCAUGUACAUUAUUGCAAUAUGCCAGCUAGUAAGUGCCAAGUCAUUUAUGAAACGGGGGCACGGGUGGCCCAGUCGUCUAAGGCGACGCGAUUUGCUGUGCAGAGUUGCGUCCCUUGGGCACGCCAGAAACCUAUGAUCGUGGGUUCGAAUCCCGGUUCGCCCCGACUAUG